AUGAGUUGGUCUUCGUUAGUGUUUCCCCAGAAGGCUCGGCUGCUAGCCUACAACCAGGCCAGAACCAUUAUUUCUGGAAAAGGAAGGUCGUUCUCGUCCGUGGUUUCCGAAGUGAGGUCAACUUCUCAUCAAAAAGAAGAUGACUCGGGUUCCAAAGACAAUAAAAAAUCUGGUCAGUGGUCUGGGAAGAAUGCCUGGAAGCUUGGUGCCUUGAGUAUUGCAGGUUCUACAGCAUUUGCUGCUGGUUGUGCAAUAGCUGUAUGGGGUCCUCCGGGAAUUGAUGAAAGCGGUUCUGAGAUUAAAGACGAAUUUUCCAACAUGCCCCUCUGGAAGGGGUAUAUGUGUCGAGCGUGGCAGACAAUAUGGGACUUCAAUCAGAGCAUUCGGGAUCCGAUAAGUGAAAAGCUUCUUCCAGAUCCUGUUGAGCCACCUUAUUAUCAGCCUCCAUACACUCUUGUCUUUGAAAUAAAUGAUGUUUUGGUUCAUCCAGACUGGAAGUUCAGAACUGGUUGGCGUUUUAAAAAACGGCCUGCUCUGGAUCUAUUUCUGCAACAGCUAGCUCCCUUUUAUGAAGUCGUUGCAUUUUCCCAAGAUUCUGCAAUGACUGCAAUGCCGGUGCUUGCGCAAAUUGAUUCUCAAGGCCAGUACAUCCAUUAUCGCCUUUUCCGUGAGUCAACCCGCUAUAGUAAGGGCAAGCAUAUAAAGGACCUCUCUUGCCUAAACCGCGAUCUCUCGCGUGUGAUUCUGGUGGAUUGGAACCCUGACGCGGCCUCAUUACAGCCACGAAACGCCUUCAUAAUCAACCGCUGGACUGGAGAUGAUAGUGACCGCGACCUCAUCGAUCUGGCUGCGUUUCUUAGAAUGGUCGCUAUGAGCGGAGUCGAUGAUGUGCGUCCUGUGCUGGACCAUUAUCGCCAAUUUGACGAUCCCCUUACCGCUUUUAAGGAGAAACACGAACAGCUCAUGGAAGCACAGGCAAGACGAAAAGAGGAGAUGGAGAAGAUGGCCGCCCAGAAGAAGUCCCAGAGCUUCGUGUCCAGCGCCUUUAGCAGUUUUCGACGAUAA